CCUAAACACCUUCAAAUUAAAAAACAAAUGGCGGAAUACCACUCUCAAGUAAGAAAGCCAAAGUUCAAUAAAUGGACCAAAGAAGAAGAUGACUUCCUUCUCAAAUGCAAACACUUUUAUGGAAUCGGAUCAAAAGAGCUUGAGGAGAAAUACCUCAGAAGUCAUACACACAUGGCUAUUUCUUCGAGAUGGCAUUUGAUGAAAUCAACCAUUAUCCCUGAAACAUCAAUAUCACCUGAGCAAGAUCUGGCGAUCCUUAACGCAAUAAUGACUUGUAAGACCACUAAUCCAGUAAAGCUCUCUGAGAAAGUUCCUUCUUUGCCAAAGAAAAGAAUUGAGUCGAGAUGGAGGCUCCAUCUCUCAAGGUAUUUCAGCAGCAUAAAAGUGCCUCAACAGCUUCCCUCUUUAGCCCAACUAGCCAAUCUUCAGAAAGGAUAUGAAAAUGAAUGCCUAAUAAAUGAAGAAAGACUCCGCAAAGAAGUUGAGAAGGAAAAGGAAACCCAACAGGAAUAUUACAAAAGUGAAUAUUCCCCAGAUAAAUACAAAAGAUUUGAACAAUGCAUCAAGAGUGAACUUGACAGAGACAACCAAGCUGCUGCAAAUGCUGUUGACUACAUCCAAGGAGGCCAACUUGAUAGAAAGAAUGGGGAUUUUGAUAACCUUGACACUUACAAUGAAAAUUCUGCCCUGCAAGAAAGUACAAAUGAACUUUUUCAAGACGGAUACCUUAGCAAAGAGAAUCUUGAAGCUCUGGCGGCUCAGAAAAGAGAAGGCCCAGUUACUUACGACCUUCCAAAUGGUCAGAGUAAUAUGUUACAAGACAAGACUAACCUUCUGAAUAAUGAUAGCAAGACUUAUGGAGUUAUGGUAAAGAAGGAAGGGCAUCACUUUGUACCUCAAGAUGCUGAAGGAAGUGCUGCAAAAAGAGAACAAAAGUAUCAAUCAAAAAUCGAUACUAUGAACAAGAAACUUGACUCUAUACUUGAGGUUUUCAAAUCAAUGCCUGAUGUUGCUAAGAGACUGGAACAACUUGAAGAUAAUAUCAAGAAGAAGUUUGAUAGUCUCAAAGAAACUACAAUUAAAGAUAUGGCUGAGUUACAAAGAGGCUUUAUUUCCCAGAACCAACUAAAGCUACACCACAAAUCUUCUGAGAAAGUUCAAGAAGAUAUUCAAAAGGAGAUCCUCUCAAAUUCUCAGCUAAGUGCUGAUGAAUCCAAUGAAAAAGACCAAAAAUAUACCCCAGAAGGAAAAGAUGAUUCUAAAGAUGAUGCUGAAAUGGAGCAAGAGGCUAAGCAGGAAGAGAACAGUAAAAAUAAAGAUGAAGAAAACAAGGAGAAAGAAUACCAAAUAAAUAAAACAAGCCCCAAAAAAGAAAAUUUUGGGUCUCAAAAAGAGGAGGACAAAGAAAACGUUCUAUCACAGUCUCCCUCAAUAGAGCACGCAGAAGAAGUUAAUUCAGAAUCAGAAAUGUUUGAGGAUACUUCUUCUCAUCACUCUUCUAACGCUUCUACCUCUGGUUCUAAAAACGACUCAAAAGGGAAGGAAUCACCUUGCAAGACCUAGAUGUAAUUGUAAAUCCUAAUUUGUAGAACAUAAAUAAAAAGUAACUUCUGUAUAUUAGUGGUAUUUCAGAGAAAAAUUAGUGAAAUUAUGGGGACAAAUCUUCACUUUCUUCGCUGUCGGAUCAGUUCCAGUUAAACUUAGUAUUUUUUAUGCUUUCAGUAUAGAGUUUAGUUAGCCCUGCCUCCUUUGACGCUGAUUCUGGAAGAAAGUUUAGAGCCACAUUGACAAGUCUUUGCAAAUCAGAUUUUGAUGCUUUUUUGGGAUCUUCAAAAUAAUAAUCAGGGUUUUUCACUGAGUCUUUGGGCAUAGAUUGAUCAUGAUCUUCCUUAUACUUGAUUGCAAUCCAUUUCAAUAGGGCAUAAAAUCUCUUUUUUAAAGCAGGAAUAUUUGAAAAGUCUAUUGUUUUUGAUAUCAACUCCCAGUCAUCUUGGCAAUGUGUAAACAAGAGCAUCAACUGUCUAUCUUUAUCAUUAGUCCAAAAUUUUUUAUCAAUAUCACCUCAAAGUUCCGUAUUCAAAAACAUAUCUUUUGAAAGAGGAUUCUUUGAGAUUUGCUUAUUCUUCAAAUAAGUUGCUUGAGUUUUAUUGAUCUUUGCUUCCAAAUAACCAAACUUAUCAUUUUUGUCACUAGAUUCAUCUCCAGAAAACUCUGGCAGUUCAACAUGGAAAUCAUCUUCAUUCUUAAUCACAGCCUGACUCCUCCUCGGCUGUCUCUCCCUCUUAAUCUUAUGCUCUUCUUUCUUCACUCUUUUUCUCUUAUUUUUAACAAUAUUUUCAACUUGACUUCUUUGGGCUCCAAACAGAUAGUUCUGGGCUUGAUCUUUCAAAGCAUUGACAUAUUUGACGACAUCUCUUUUUCGUCUAUUUCCAAGCUUCUCCCUCAAAGUAUUGACAUUAGCAUCCACUGGGUCAAAAAUGAAGCUAUAAAAAAUUUCCUUUUCCUCUAAAGUCCAGUUUCCUUUCUUAAUAUCAGGGUUUAAGCAUUCAUUCCACCGAUUGUAGACACUAUGGUAUGAUUUCCCAGGAAAGUUCGCUGCCAAAUCAUUGUAGUUAAUAUCUGGAUUCGUAGUUUUAAGCUCAAGCAAUCUUUGAUCCUCUUCUUCAGUCCAAGUAAGUAGUUUACGACUCAUUAAUUUAAU